AACUACCCUCGCCUCUGAAAGCACAAACUAUAAACCGCCGACCUCUCCCAAGCAGUGAAGAAGAAGAAGAAGAAGCCGAGUCUGCGCGCGUUUCAAUGGCGAAAGGUGACGACGCAGUGAGGAAGAAGCUAAACAAGGCCAACAGGAAAAAGCUACGCAAGGAUGACCGUUCUUCCUCCUCCGUUACCGCUCGCGUCGCCUCCAUUAUCGCAGCCAAAAAGCGCCGCCAGUCAGGCAAACGCCGCAAAUGCCAGGGUAUGUGCUUUAGCCUUCCUACGCUAGAGGAUCCCUUCAAUGACAGGAAUGGUAGAAAGGAUUUUGAGAAAGAAACCAAGAAAGUCAUGCUUCCACAUAGGGAUGAGAGUGAGUUUCUCAGGGAAAAAUGUAAAGAAAUCAUUAGAAAGAAUGAAAAGGCAAAGAAUCCCGGGCUGAAGAAUAUGAAGGUCACGAGUUUGAAGAAUGAGCAGAAGAAAUCACUCCCAUUCACGUCUAUUGAUAGCGCGGUGCAGAGAAGCAGAAUUGACUCGGUAAGGACAAAGACUCAGCUGAGUGGGAAACAGGAAGAGGCCUGCGAAAACUCAGAUUGUCCGUCCAAGUAUCUGAUUCGGUGUUUGAAUGAAAUUGAGAAUUCACUGCGUUGUGAUGGUACCUACAGUAAUGAGGAGGACAAGCCAUUAUUUGUUAGUACCUGGGGAGUUGAGUUUUGGAAAUGUUAUUCAGCUGGAAAGGAUGUAUUAGAGACAAGUGGAACUUCUUCGACAAUAGAGCAAAUUGCUUGGAUUGUUUCCAGUGCUGCUGAUUCAAUUUCUAGAAAGGAUGAAGAAGGUCCAUCAGCUGCCAGUCCAUUUCUUUUGUUCCUUGUUGCAUCUCAGGAGAAAGCUGCCAAGGUGCGUUCAGUGUGCAAACCUUUGAAGGUUCUUGGAAUACAUACAGUGAGUAUACACCCUGGUGCUUCCUUAGAUCACCAGAUUCAAGGUCUGAAGAGUUCGGAGCCUGAGUUUAUGAUCUCAACACCUGAGAGACUCUUGGAGCUUCUUUCCUUGAAGGCCAUUGAUCUAUCAGGGAUUUCUUGGCUGAUCGUUGAUGGACUGGAGUCUUUUCAUAAACAUGGUUAUCUUGAUAAAGUAAAUUCCAUCCGAAAUUAUAUAUCCAGAACAACCCGUGCAGUUGUUUUUGACGAUUGUUUUAGACGUGCCUGUGUACCAGUGGUGCAAACUCUUCUGAUGGGAUCAGUCCAUAGAUUAUCUCUGAAUGAUUCCGUCACCAGUCAAAGUGCAUGCAUCAUUCAGUCAGUAAACAUGUCUUCACUGAAAGAAAAACUAUCAAAGGCAGUCCAAAUUCUGGGUCAACCUUUUGCUCAGGCUUCAAAGGUGCUAUAUGUAGUAGGGAAAGAUAGCCAGAAUCAUAAACUAGUUGCUGCGCUAAAACUCAAGGGUCAUUCCAUCUCAUUUGUCUCGGCCUGUUCAGAAGUUGGGAACAGUAUGGAGUUGAAGGGCAAGAUGAAGCCUGCAGUGUCCAUGAUUGAUGCAGAUCAAAUUCAUACCAGCGAGUUGGGUGAAUAUGAAUGUGUAGUUAUAUACGAUUGUACUCUAUCCAUUGAAAGUUAUGUUCGAAUCCUCACAAACAUGGCCCGUUACACUGUGAAUGGUGUAUUGCAUACCUUUUUUACCACAGAAGAUGCAAAACUUGCCGGACCAUUGAUCAAGAUCCUUGAGCAAUGUGGGCAGUCGGUGCCUGAAGCGCUACGAAAAAUGUCUGUUUCAUCAGCCAUAUUGUAACAUUGAAGUAGUUUUCUCAUUUUUGACAUGCCAAUUUUCUCAAUGAGGUUAAUGUACAACCGUCUCAUCUUAUUACCAUUUUCGAAUGUUGUAAGAUUUUGUAUACGUUAUCAUUUUUAUGAAUAUUUGAAAAGAAUUCAGAUGGUUCAUAAAGUA